AGUAAUUAUAAAGAUCUGUAAAGUGUUUUAAAUGUAUCGAUUAUAAUUCAUAUGAACACUUUAUUUAAAGGAAAAGGACUAGACUAUCUGAAGAAUGAUGUCUUAUUACAGGAUUUGGAUGAAAUUAAAGUUUUCUAGGCUCUCUAUGUCAACAAAUGUACUUAUAGGCAUGUCUAUAUUAUUAUUUAUUUAUCUAAAAAUGGAGUUAAACACAAAAUCAAGGGUUGAUUCAAAUAUAAACAAUCUGUCUUCAAUAACACACUCGACACAAUCACAAUUUAAGGAAUCAAUACAAUUUACUGAACUCCGUGAGUUCUUUGGAUUGUCUUAUGAUGAAUACAGUGAUGUUGAACUCAAAGGGUUACUGGAAGACCAUUUACGUUUUGAUGAAGCUGUAGCCAAGACUGGCAAUCUAUUUGCAAUUGAACCAGUUACAUUUCUGAAACAUCUACAGAAUCCAUGUUGGAUUGGAUUUUUGGAUGAAUCAUCAUUGGACGGUGGUCAGCACGGCGAUUGUUCUCUACCUCUAAUUAAGAAAAAUGAUAAAACAGUUUGUGAGACGCAACUUGCUAUACAGAAAAGGUUAUCAUCAACAUGGCAAUCAAGAAUACAACAAAAUAAACCUUGGAGGUUACGCUGCCUGCCUUAUUUUUACAUCAUUGGACCUCCAAAAUGUGCUACAACUGAUCUAAGCUGGAGAUUAACCAGACACCCAAGGAUUGAGGACGCUGGUGUCAAGGAAUAUCACUAUUGGAGUAAAGCACGUUGGGAUUUCAAUAACACUGAAUCUGUUGGUAGAACCAAAUUGCUGAAACCUUACGUUGAUUCUUUUGAUCAAGUGGCGGAACGUAUUAGAAAUUUUUCCACAAGCCAAGGAAUCAAUAAUGUGGUCGCUCAUGAUGGCACUCCCCAUACUAUUUAUCACCAUCAUGGCCCGGUGGGUCAAUCUCAUCUCAAACUUGAUGUUGAUUACAUUCAACACAUUCAAAAGGACAAAGUGAAAUUCAUUACAAUUUUACGUGAUCCCAUUUCCCGUUUGUAUUCUGAUUUUUUCUUCUGGGGCAAUGCUGGACGGUUUGGCCCUGUAAAAGUAAAAGAUCAUUUUCAUGAACUCUGUGAAAAAGCUAUCAAUCUUUAUAAAGAUUGCUUAAAACAAAGGCCAUUGAAAUAUUGUGUGUACCAUCAGGCAAACAAUGUUGGUUUAGGUAAACAGAAUAUGUUCAGAAUAACUCUAGGUAUUUAUCAUGUUAUAAUCCAAGACUGGUGGAAGAAAGUAGGGAAAGACAACCUCCUCAUUCUAAAGACUGAGCUCUAUUCAAAAGACCUUCAGGGUAGCAUUGAUACAAUAUUGGAAUUUCUAGCUCUAGAAAAACUCAAUCAGUUUUCAACUGAUGUCAAUAGAAAUAUCUUAGAGCAGGCAAAUAGAAAUGUACAAAACAGGAAGACCAAGAAGGAACUGAGGGAAAUGCAUACAAAGACGAAGACAAUGUUAGAAGAGUUCUAUAAGGACUAUAACCAGGAACUGAAGAACAUGUUGGGUAGCACUUACGACUGGGGCUACUAAUCCAAAACCACUAAAUGUCAUUGACCAGGAUAACUAUCAUUUGAUCAAUAUAAUUUUAUUGAAUUCAAUAUAAUUUCCUAAAUUGUUAAAUAGUAUACAGAUAUAUGUCAUUGUUAAAAUAACAUUGAGGCAUCGUUUUUCGUAAAAAAGUAAUCUUUAAUAAUUGAAUUACCAGUGAACAGAUUCGGUCCAAAUUUUAGAUGCUGAUGCCUAGAGACACAGUGGCUCUGUUUGAGAAAAAUUCAAGAUGGCGACUGAAUUUCAAAAUGGCCAGCAUUUUUCGUCAAAAUGUAAUCUUUGAAAACCCAAAUAACAGUGAACGGAUUUGGUUCAAAUUUGAUAUGCUGAUGCCUAGGGACACAGUAGCUAUUUUCAAAAAGGAAUUUUCAAAUUGGGGCUGAAUUUCAAAAUGGCUGCCUUUUUUCGAAAAAUUGUAACCUUUGACAACUCAAAUACCAGUGAACAGAAAUUGAGAUUAUGUUAUAGCACACGCUCAAGGGAAUAGAUUGUACGUUAUACAGACACCAAAUACAUCUCUGAUGAUAGAAGAAUGAAAAGGCCUUAGGGUCAAAACCUCCCUUGUUUCCAUUUUCAAAAAAGUGAAAAAUGAGAAAAGUUAUCAUAACUUUUUUAUAACUCUAAUUCACGCGGUAAAAACUUCGACCAUUAAUUUGAAUUUUUGACCGAAUAGAUGUUUAAAAAUCAAGAAUCGAUUGCGAGUCUCAUACUGAACUAUUUUUCUUCACACUUGUUCCAUACAAAGCAUAGCAAAAACGCCUUUCCUUUGGUACAUUAUUCUGUUAUACAGAGUCCCUACUCCGAGUGGCAUUUUGGUCUCAUGCUAUGAGAAGGGCUUCUAACAGCUUGGGACCAAAACGCUGCUAAAACGAGGGACUCUUUACAAUAAAGCAAUGUACCGACAGAAAGGCAAUUUUUUAGCUUGGAAUGGAACAAGUUUGAAGAAAAACGGCGCAGUAUGAGACUCGCAAUCCUUGAUUUUCAAACGUCUGGUAGGUCAAAAAUCAAAUUAACGGUCGAAGUUAGUACCGCGUGUAAUAAUCGAAAUCGAUUUCAUAUUUCGGCGACGGAUAUUUGAGACCUACACGAUCCGAGCAUGCCAGUGCGAUUUGUUAUAUACCUCCAAUCAAACGAAUUCAAUUGUUUAAAAAAGUCGAUGCUAGUGCACAUGGGAAUAGGUCGUCUCAUGAUUAAACCCAUUCCGUAUUAACACGUGGACUUGUAUCGCCACACGAAUUUGAUGUGAAACACACCAAAUUAACACAUAUGACUUCUGAAAUGUAUCAUUUAUGCCAAACAUUACUAAAAAUCAUAGAGGGCAAUAAUAGUUGAAUUUGAUUUACAUCGUCCAAUUUAGAAAAUUCAAUAUUUUUCUUCUUUUUACUUCUAGAUAUAAAAUGCCAUGGCUUGUCUUUAUAACUGACCAAUAUGUCAUUGUGAUGACAUUAAUGAGUCAAUAAAACAUAUAUAUUUACCAGCAUCAUUUAUAUUAGCCAUCUGUUCAAUUAUUUUGCUGACCUAUCCAGCAAAGAUGGGACUAAGUUUGAAUAAUUUUCCCCACAAAAGUCACUGGUGAUCCACUCGAUUAUACUGGUUACAGAAACGGUUCGUUCAAGAAGAAAGGAAGUAGUGCGCUCUCCAUUAUGAUCUCCCCAUGAAAACAAUUUGUUCAUCUGAUUUUUCAAACCAGGAAGUAUUUUUGUGUUUGUCAAAAUCCAUUUGCAUCCUACACAUCCCUACAUCUUAUCCAAAUAUGUUAUUAAUUAAUGAAACAUAACAGUAUAAUCUUUGGAUUUACAGGGUUGUAUGGCAUUUCAUAA